AAUUUUUAAUUCAUAAACGCUUCAGAGAUCGUAGUUUGACUAGGGUGAUCUUUCGUCCAAAAUCUUUAGGGAUUGAAGGUAAAUAUUCUGUUUUACGAACUUCAUGUUUUGCACUUGCCUGAAGCCAAGGUAACUGUUCCCGCCAAUUUUUUGUACUACUCGUUACACGUGUGAGGGAUUGGUACUGCAUUUGCUUUGACCGUGCCUUUUUGCUUGUCAACAAAACUUCAAGAUCGAAGCCUGAAGAACUACCACUUUUAUGGAGAUAAGUAUCGUAGAUAAUCAAUAUUAAAUGCAUAACAGUUUUUUUCUCUUCUCUUUAAAGACGUAAAAGCGAGCCCUGAAGGAAAACCAAUAUCUUGACGAAGGUGGGUACCUUGUGUUAAAUUCUCUGUGAUAUUACGGUGACUUCACUCAUAAACAAAAAAAUAUCGCCCACCCGUCUGUCAUCGCUCCCGGGUGUAGCGGGCGAUACCACGAUCGGAAGAAAACGCGCUAUGGAGGUCAAACAGUACUUCUUUAGCCUUGCUUCAACCGUAAAAUUUUAAAGAUUAAGUUAUAUUAGUUUUAUUUUUUUGAUAAACCCGGGGUGAAGUCACCGUUUCCGUGAUGGGUCAAUUUUCCUGUCAGGUCUUUUAAUUAACGCCCCUUUUUUAUACAAAUGUGCUGGAAGAAAUUUUUCUCGAAGGGAUAAGAAAAAAGUGUUAUCACAUUUAUAACUUUUAUUUGAGGAGGCCGUCUGAAGUUACUACACGGAAGAUCUGUUCCUCAAUUUCUAUUCAUUAUAACAAAUUUCGCAAUUUCGUGGGUCAUUGAAAAAAUGGUAUGAUCCAGAAAAUCGCCUGCUUGAUUUCAGGUUAGGAGUGCCUCAAGGAGUCUUCGAAAACGAUACGAGUUUUAACAAGAGAAAGUUACCAAGUUUCAAAUCCCAAAAUUCGUAGUUCGAAUGUGAAGAUUAUGGAGGUCGAUCUUAUUUCCUACGUGAAUGAUCGGCUAUAGUUUGACAAUUAACUUCAUUUGUUCGUUCUUUGGAACUAAGGAAUGACCAAUUUUAAGUUUUCUUUUAAACCGUCGCUAAAGGACUAGCAAAGUUUUUUAGAACUUUAUCGACUACUUUCUCAGUAAUACCAUAGCAAAUUGUUGAAUUUCUUGUGCCCUGUCUUUCCGCCACUACCAGUAAUUUCUUCAGUAAUUCUGCCUAAUUGUCUCUUUUUUUCAACUGGCGACUGGAAUUAAAACUUGCCAUACUCUAUAUAAAAUAGGGUGCGGGGGAGUGACUUUGGUUACAACAGUAUCUCUUGAUAGUAAAUGCUUAAACAAGUGCAAAUUAAACAGCUAACGAAAGUUCAAAUGGAUUACCGAUAUUAUCAUUGUGAAUGUUUAUUGAAGUUUGGAGCGCUUACCAUUUGCACGGAGAACCGGUUCAUCCUGGUGGAAUGUUGGGGAAAAAAGGUAAUACUCCGGCUUUCCGAGGUAUUAACUUUUUCUCGCUUUGAGAACCGGAACGACUGAAAUUUUCUUUACCAUUUGUUUGAUUACCAGUGAAAGGCUUCCUUUCCAGAGAAAGCCAAAAAUUUACCGGUAUUUAGUAAAUGGUCACAACGCGAUCCCAUUCCUGAUUUCGGUGCGAAAAAAAUACCAGUACCAUUUGACGGAAGAUUUUUUUAAUCGAAAUUUCCGCACCAAAGGUAAGCGCUCUUGGUCUCAAAGAAUGUGCUCGUUAUAGGCAGGUAGUUUUAUCAACGGAAUGUUCAUUAGGCUUUUUAGCAAAAACGACACUGCAAAGACAGUGACAAGGUCGCCAACAGAUCCCACAGAUCUUGACCCACAGAUAACAGAGCGCAAAUUGAGCACCGAAAGUUGCGCUCAGUCCAAGGAUGCCUAUGUACCGAGCCAGGACUCGAGCCAACACUUCGACCCAAGACUCGACUCAGGGUUAGAGUUAGGGUUGGGGUUUAGGGUUAGGGGUAGGGUUAGGGAAAGGGUUAGGGUUAGGGUUAGGGUAAGGAUUAGGAUUAGGGUUAGGGUUAGGGUUAGGCGUCUAGUCACUGAUAACUCUUGUUAAAUACGCACACGAUGUUCAGAAAGUACCCCAUAUUAAAAAAUGUAGGAACUGGAAAGAUUUUAGUCAUGCGACGAGUCCUUUUCCAUCUUUAUUUUAUUUUUGUUUAAUGUUUAUUUAUUAUUUUUAUUUAUUUAUUUUUGCUUAGAGAAAAAUUAGGAAAGUCCUAACUGGAGUGCUGACUCGAGUCCUGGCUCGAGUCUUGGCUCGAUUCCUAGCUCGAGUCCUGGCUUUGACUCAAAGAUCGUUGUGUUGUAUUUGAUAGCACAUGGAGUACGUUAAACAAAAUGAUAUGAAAUAAACAAUAAAUGGAUGAUAUUAGUCUGGUAAAGAAUACAAAGUGUCAUUUUUAAUGUUGUAGUCUGAGCACGUAGAAAUUUCCAUCCCGUCUGAAAGAGGAACUGAUGCUAAAUACCAUGUGCAUGAAGUUAUCCUUUCGAUUGGUUCAGUCUGGUGUUCUCACCGGGUGGUUUUUUUUGUUUGGGUUUCUUAACCAAAACUGUUUCUAUAGAUGAUACAGAAGCUUCUAUAGUCUGACGAUUCUCAUCGUGAACUGGAAAUAGCAAUUUAUACUAACAUUUUUCUCUAAAUUUACAUAGCGGACCGCUGACCAAGAUGACACGAGUUACACUGUUGAUGUGCCUUACGAUACUUGCCCUGACACAUGGUAGGCAGACGUUCAUUUUUCUGUUAUUGUUUUCCAGUUAUUAAUCAAUUCCUUUCUCUCUUUUGAGACUCACAAUAUAACCGGGUGCUUUUGAAUUCAAUAUUUCAGCGGCACCAAACCCCAGCAAACGCGGACCUGAACAACAAGACCAACAGGAGACUGAGCCCGAGCAACCUGAACAGCCUGUAGCAAAUUUCGUAGGAGGACCAGAAGGGCCACCAAUGGAACAACAAUUCGCCCCACAGGGACCAGAAGGGCCGCAAAUGGAUCAACAGUUCGCUCCACAGGGAGAUCAACAACCAUUUGCCGCGCCAAUGGACCAACAAAUGGCUCCACCUAUGGACCAACAGCAAAUGGACUGCUGUCAACCAGCACCAACAUGUUUUAACCCUUGUCCUCCAGCCGCAGCUCCUAUUUCCUUCAGUGCUCCUCCCCCUCCUCCUCCACCACCACCACCACCCCUUCCGGCAGCACCAUGUUGCCCACCUGGUCCUGCCUGUGCAAACCCCUGUGCCAUGCCCCCACCCAUGCCCGAUAUGGGAAUGGGAAUGGCUGGCUGCUGUGAUCCAUCUGUAAUGCCAACGUGCCAAAACCCAUGUCAGCCACAGCCCCCACAUCCUCCCAGAGCGGCAUACGCACCCUAUCCUGGUAAGUACGAGAUUCUUUUAUAUUGAAAGCGUUCUAUGUUUUACAGCAAUAAAAAUUUAUGUUUUUUCCUUUUAAAACAUGUAAAAUAAACUGUCAAGAUUAUUAUUAGCCGCAACGGAAUUAAUUUGACAGCGUUUAGCCCUAUUGAUUGUGUCUACAUUGACUUCAAUAAAACCCAAAACACCAUUUACUAACCGUAAUUGACUUCAUCCCACUGAGACCCUCCCUAACAGAUCGACUGAGCAAUAAGAUGGUUGAUUAGCUAGACAAACGGACUAGAUAGUCCAACCAGCAUAGGUGGAAGGCUGGCUACCAGUUAUGGAAUUGAGUAAGAAAUAUGUUGAAAGUUUAGUUUUAAUUUAUCCUAUACCCGUCCAACAGGUGAAAUUACAAUGAAACUCAAGCAGUCAUGGAAAUCUGAGCUCGCAGACCACGCAUCACCUGCCUACCAGAUCCUUGCCGGUAACCUUGCUACUGCGGUAAGUAAAACCCCUUUUUUCGCGCCUUUUUCUUUACCACGCCCCAUCCACCUUCUCCUAGAGCACAGGCCACCAUAGGCCAUACAAUAGACUACAAUCUUCUAGGUUAACUAUGAAGUAGAUAACUUAGGCUAUAUUUGAAUUAUAUUGUAUAUUGUAGAUAUUUUAUAAUUUAGAUUUUUUUUNUUGUAUAUUGUAGAUAUUUUAUAAUUUAGAUUUUUUUUUAUAUUCUUUUUUGUAAUUAGGUAGCGCUUUGGACAAUUAUUGGAUUUUAGCGCUAUAUAAAUAAAAUUAUUAUUAUUAUUAUUAUUAUUAUUAUUAUUAUUAUUAUUAUUAAGUAUGGCAUGAUUAUAACAUUCAUUAUUAUGGUGGCUUUAGGGUUAACAAGGGUUCACAGUCCUAAAACGUAACUAUAUGUCAUUAAAAACCACGACACGCAUGCUUCGCUUUUGGUAGCCUUCGACCAAGUUCUUCAUUUCAAGUGGCGAGCGAAGCGAUCAACGAGAGAACACGCGAGCGAGGGCCAAAGCCGCGAGAGGCAUGAAGAGCUUGCUCGCAGGCUAAAGUUUUUAUGAAAAUCGAGUCCCAGGGAGUAGAAUAGUUGCAUAUUUAAACUGCGCUGACAAGUUUCUCGAUAGCAAUUUCCCUUUUCAAAACUUUGCACAUUGAAAAUGCUUGCAUUUGCUUCCCAGACGUUUUCAGCCUUCUCCUUGAAGAGUAGUUAACCGCGGUCUUGAUCACAACAGACAGCAAGCAGCCGUCCUUUUUUACUACCACUUCCGUUAAGGCUCAUUGCGAACUCCUCGAUCUGCACUAGCGACCUUCGCCAGUCUUCAGCCUCGUUCCUUAUGGUUGGUUCUGGCAAUAACGAAAGCGUUGCUUGCGAGAAACUUAAAACAGAGUACACAGGGAGGGGAAAGAAUUUCUCCACGUCAAAAUAAAGGGAAAUUGUGGCAUACUUAUGCCGCUCUAUCUUUGAUGUCCUUUAAUUAACACGCAUAUAUAAUUUUCAUUUCUGCUUACUAUAGGUGAAAACAGCUUUACGAAGAGAUGCCUAUAUCAGCAAUAUUUAUUUCAGGUAAAAUGGAGCUUCUUGAAUUUGGGUUCUUUGUUCCUUCUUCUCGGGCUUUUUCAAAUCUGCCCGGCUUUAAUUUAUUCCACAAUGACCACGUCUCCUUCUUUACCUUAUAAGGGAAGGAUACGUACCAGGAAACCCCUCAACUCAACCAAUCACAGUGGCUCAUUUUAUGGUUGAUGGUGGAUCAGAUGAUGCAUCGCUUCUACAACAACAAGUUACACCCGACGAGUCUCUAGGAGAUGGACUUAAAGUUUACAGGGAUUCAUUCAACGCUUAUUAGAAAUAAAGUGUACUCUUAUUACAAGGUAUGGUGUCGUUUGCAUUUGCCACUUCAAUAAACAAGAAGGAGUCUGGGCCGAGUUAACUUUCGCAAAGACUUCUGGGACUGUUACUAGGGACGGAGACAAAAUUGGCCAAUAGCUGACUGGCGCGUCCCCAGUAACUAUACCAGAAACAAUUGCGAGACACAUUUCGGCACCAGUUCCCUUUUCCUUUGUAAUUCGUCGAAUGGAUGACGAAUAAGAGUUGAAUUGUUGCAUUUUAAAUUAGUGAGUAGAGGGUAAGUUUUUCACAGUAAGUCAUUUUACCAAGUCAGGCCGUAUUUGUAGUCGCCAAUCUUGAAACUUAGGGAGCAUGGGCACAAGAUUUUGGUGCAACGAUUUAUGGGAUUGCUUGCGUAAAAGGCGUUGGAUAUGAUUGGUUGGUUGAUGGAACCCUAAAGCAACCAUCAACCAAUCAUUUUUUACCUUCCCAAACGCUCCCAGAAUCCUUGACAAAACUUGUUGCUCAGUUACCCUAAAAUUUUUUAAUUAAGGAACUACAACUUACUUGGAGACGAGCUUCUGUCUGAAAUUUUUUACUUUCUACAUUUGACAGAAAAUGACUUGCAGGACAAAUGGCAGACGAACAUCAGACCAGCGAUGAAAGCGCCGAGACGGACAUUUUAAUGCCUUGUAAAUAGAGUCCAAAUCGACUGACACCGUUUCUACAGGUGUUAAAAAUUUUGUUUGGUAUCGAAAACUGAUGCAGUUGUAAAAGAAUGUUCUUGGCGUUGAAUUGGCACGCCAAGGGAGAUAUUUUAGCGCUCCUAACUUGACGAGCACAUUGAAAUUCGCCUUAGGAGACACGCCAUAAUCGUAGCUUUUUAAAUUCUUGACAUGUAUUUCGUUACAGGGGGAUCUUUAAUAUGUUGUACAAAAGCUACUUCGUUGACUCUUAUAGUAUCCUAGAUUAUCUACGUCCUAG